GGAGGUUUUUAUAUAGGCAUGUACAAAAAACAAAUGAGCAUGUCCUGUUUUAUUUAUUUGUAAUGUUUUGUUCCUCUUUGGAAAGGUAGUUUAGAGAGAAACGUGUGCAUUCCAUUAAGGGGCUUAGAGCUGCAGAUUACAGGAAGACAGAAGUCUUUUUCUGGCAGUUUUCUCGAGGAAAGCUGUUUAAAAGCACUAACUUUACUCCGUUAGAAAUAUAUCAUACAAGGGUAGGUGCGAGUCGCGUACAUAUGUCAGAAACAAUUUAGUUUUAUGACUCAUCCUGUGCUCUCUGUUACCUCCAAACAAGCCUCUCUCCUCGACGCUUGGCUGCGAAAAUGACAUCAUGGUCAAAGAGAGGAGAGGCGGUCUUCUUAGCAUCGGGGCGGGGAAGAGUCGGGAUAGCCAGCCCUCUAUCCCACUCAUAGAACCGCGCAGGCACCCAGCGGUGUAUACAGACAGAGCAUAGCUGAUCGGGGCGAUGGUGUCCGGAUUGUCCGCAGAUACCUACAAAUAAAAUAUCAACAAAUAGUUUGACUCUUUGAGUCAGACAAACGUUUUGCUUCCGUUACGCGACAGAGACAUAGUUGCCAUCUAAACAUGGAGACAAAUCGCUGUGGCUCACUCUGACAAUAACGUUACUUGCGGCCAAAACUUGCCGAGAGACCAAUGGUCUAUUUAACCGGAGCACAUUCGGAGACGCGCAGCGUCAAGUCGGGCUCCCCCGAUGUCAUGUUCGAUGCCACAUCCUGGAGGAUCCGCAGCAUCUGGGACGGCGUGAAGUUGGAGGUGGCCGGGGACGAGAGUCCCGUAGUCCUUCACAGCUUCACCCAGCUGGACCCGGACCUUCCGCUGCUGGAGAAUGCGACCCAGGAGAUAGGCGAGGAGGUGGAGGAUGGCGCGGUGUUCACCAUCACCCUGCGCAAGGUGCAGAUGCACCACGCGGCCAGCAAGGGGCAGCGCUGGCUGGGCGUGGAGUCCGAGUCGGCCCUGAGCCUGUACGAGACGUGCAAGGUGCGCACCAUCAAGGCGGGGACGCUGGAGAGGCUGGUGGAGUACAUGGUGACGGCCUUCCGCGGCAACGACUCCACCUACGUCACCAUCUUCCUGUGCACCUACCGCUCCUUCGCCACCGCCCGACAGGUCCUGGACCUGCUGCUCAACAGGUAUGCCAAGCUGCAGCAUCUGCCGGGCUCCGAGGGGCACAGACUCACCCACGACGAGCGCACAGACUUGAGGAACACCAUAUCCUCCAUCUUGGGGGCGUGGUUGGACCAGUACUCUGAGGACUUCUGGAAGCCUCCGGAUUACAGUUCCCUGCGACAGCUCCUCACCUACCUGCGCCUCAACUUCCCCGGCUCCGACCUGGAGCGCCGCGCCUGCAACCUGCUCGCCCAGUUCCACCGCCGCCAUCACCAGGAGCCCGACCACGAGGUGCUUGAUCACGGCCCCUGCACCUUCACUCUGCUGGAGGAGAACGGCUACGACUACGAUCGGCCCGACUUCCUCAGCUUUGACCCCCAGGUGGUGGCGGAGCAGUUCACGCUCAUGGAUGCGGAGCUCUUCAAGAAGGUGGUUCCGUACCACUGCCUGGGCAGCAUCUGGUCCCAGCGGGACAAGAAGGGCAAGGAGCACCUGGCGCCCACCAUCCGCGCCACCGUGACCCAGUUCAACUGCGUCACCAACUGCGUGAUCGCCACCUGCCUGAGCGACCGCGCACUCAAGCCCACGCAGCGUGCCAAAGUGGUCGAGCGCUGGAUCGAGGUGGCCAGGGAAUGUCGGAUCCUGAAGAACUUCUCGUCCCUGAGGGCCAUCCUCUCGGCGCUCCAGUGCAACCCAGUCCACCGGCUCAAGAGGACAUGGGACGAGGUGUCCAGGGAGAAUUUCCGCAUCUUCCUCGAACUCUCAGAAAUCUUCUCGGAUGAGAACAACCACUCACUCAGCCGGGAACUCCUCAUCAAGGAGGGCACGUCCAAGUUUGCCACCCUGGAGAUCAACCCUAAGCGGGCCCAGAAGAGACAACAGCAACAGCAGAGAGACUUGAGUGUGAUGCAGGGGACCAUUCCCUACCUGGGCACCUUCCUCACAGACCUGGUGAUGAUGGACACGGCCAUGAAGGACUACCUGGAUGGUAAUCUCAUCAACUUUGAGAAAAGAAGAAAGGAGUUUGAGGUGAUUGCUCAGAUUAAGUUGCUGCAGCUGGCCUGUAACAACUACAACUUCACCAGGAAUCCUCGCUUCACUGAGUGGUUCUCAGGGGUGGAGAAGCUGACGGAGGCCGACAGUUACAGCCAGUCCUGUGAGAUCGAGCCCUUAUCGGAGUCUGCCUCUAACACACUGAAGGCAAAGAAGAACACAGGCAUCAUCAAGCGCUGGAGCGAUCGUCAGCCGGCGGGGUCUGAGGCUGGCUGCAGCAGUGCUGGCAGCUCCCACUCCAAGUCCUUUGACCAGCUGCGUUACGCCCCGUGUCUGGGCGGGGGCGAUGGUGGCGACUCCCUCAGCGUGACCUCGGCCGGCUCCAGCAGCUCGGACGUGGAGGAGAUCAACAUCAGCUUCAUCUCCGACUCGCCCGACUCUCACGAGAAAAAGACCUCCACGCCCUCCGUAAAACAUUCCAAUUCUACCUUAGGGAAGUGCGGCCCCAUGGCUGACCUGGCACCCACGUUUUGGGAGUCCACCUCUCUGUCAUCUCUGGAUGCUUCCGGACUGGGCUCGGGCUCUGGCUCUAGCAGCGCCUCGUCCUCCUCGGUGUCGUCCACGCCGGUGACGGCGUCGCGCUCGCACAAGCGCUCGGUGUCAGGCGUGUCCAGCUACUCCUCGCUGUCGCUGCCCCUCUACAACCAGCAGGUGGACGACUGCUGCAUCAUCCGCGUCAGCCUGGACGUGGACAACGGCAACAUGUACAAGAGCAUCCUGGUAACAAGUCAGGAUAAGACUCCAGCUGUCAUCAGGAAGGCCAUGGUCAAACACAACCUAGACCGUGAGAGACCGGAGGACUAUGAACUGCUUCAGAAGAUCUCAGAGGAGAAAGAGCUGAAGAUUCCGGACAACGCCAACGUGUUCUACGCCAUGAACUCAUCGGCAAACUACGACUUUGUCCUGAAGAAGCGCGGCUUCCCCCGGGCGGGCCGCACCAAACACGUGGCCAGCUCCACGCUGCCGCGCAUGAAGCAGAAGGGCCUGAAGAUCGCCAAGGGCAUCUUCUGAGCGCGCAGACUGAACUCGCCACUGGCUUAUUCUGCGCUCAUUCACUUCUGUCCUUUUUGGUGACACCGGCUAGUUCUCUGGCGGUUGCCUUUUGUCGAUGAAGGGGGAUGGUGUUGUAGGUCACCCCCCACCACACACCCCCUCCCCCCAGAUGUUUUCUUUCGGUUGGCGGGGCUGGUCACCAGCUGACACGAGGGCCCCGCCCAAUACGCCCCCCCUAACCUACAGCUAACUGGACUGCUCCUGUGCAGGAGACAGGCGAGCACUUAACUGAACCUGUGCAUUUGGAGGAAAGGGUUAAUGUUUACAGAACCAAGCCUAACAAUGCCAGCGUUCCUCUGGCCUAACCCUCAUCCACUUCCUGCCAAGAUGUCAUCACUUCUGGUUCAGCCCGAGCCUUCGCUCCUCCUGUGAGGCUCGGAAGGGAGCCCAGUGUUCUGUCCAAUCUCCACUUCUGUUGGACAGCUUAGCAAAGAAGAGGAGAGAGAGAGAGAGAGAGAGAGAGA